AUGUCAUUAUCUUAUUCUGAGACGAAUGACUGGUCAAUAUCGGGCUACCAAGGCAUAGCCGGCGGAGCGAAACCCGGCAGCAACUCUGCUGACCACUCGCACACUAUAUCGCGGGACUCACCGUUAAACCUGGCAUGGGAUUCGUCCAUGAAAGAAAACUGUCAACAGCAAGCGAACGCUCCCAACUUCCGGCCGAGUACGCCCGACAACCUGCCCAUUCCUGUGGACGAGAUAUUAUCCCCCGCCACACAGAAGCAAAUCAGGACCACCAUAAGGGCCCUGUUCCCCAACGGGCCGCCGCCUCCGCCGCCCGUCCGGCCCAUGAGGAGGCCCAAGAAAGGUGACCUGCCCUACAUCGUCAACUGCAAGAAGAGGAAGCGAGUCCCUUCGCCUAAGGGUCUCAAUGUCUUCACAGGAGACAAAUAUGGCAUCACCAGCAGCACCAACUAUGACGAAGAUGAACAGUGCACCCCGGAGAAAAAAGCUCGCCGAGGCCCCAACGGCAGAUCCAGCAUCUCCAAAUCCACAUUUAACCGGCAAACCAAUGAGAUCGUUGAUUCACUCAAAUUAUACGAAAAAAUCGAUAAACUAGUUGGCAGAACUCCCGAACCCGAACCCGUCGCAUACAUGAAGCGCUCGUUCAGCCCCCUGCCCAGCACCUCCACUGACAAUGAGACGAUUAUGAAAAAUGAUAAACACUUUAGUGAAAGCUUGAACUGUGAUACUGAUAAAUAUGAUAUUGACGAAGACGAGGAAUUACCUGAGGUUAUAUGGGACACAGAUAAUGUUAAAAAGGAGAAAGAUCGAAAAGAUUUAUCCUCGCCUUUAUAUAAUAAUGAUAUAGACAAUGAUAAUUAUACUGAUAGUUUCCUGAUAGAAAUGAAUGAAGAUAUUAAUAACAAUAAUAAUGAUGUGAUUGCCAUAGAUGACGACUUCUGUGAAAUCGAAUUCGAUAAAUUGAUGCCAAAGGAAAAAAUACUCGACUACUCUGACGUCGAACCCGAUUCGACCCGAGUCGACCCGAAAGAACCAGAAAAUAAUGUGCCAGCUUUUUUUCCAAUAUUCCAGCGUUCAAAAGCCUCGAACGACCAUCGGGCGACGACUUCCACUGACGUUAUUUGUGUGGAUGAUACCCGCACCACUAAUAUAUUGAAUCCCAUCUCCACGCAAGCAUCUGCUAAUUCAGUCACGUCCCCUGUGCUACGAGCGAGUAAUACAAAUGCAACCGCUACUGAGACGAAACGUUCUGAUCAAGUAAUAGAGGUACCAGACGUUUUAGAACCCGUAAACAUGUCACGCGAGGUCUCCGCUAGACUCCCGGCGUGGUACGAGGAUGUCCAGUUUGUUAGCGAAGAGAGGGUAGAGAGGCCAAAUAACCCGACUAUAGAAAACAUCCCCGACGUUCAGAUCAGAACUUCCACCAGCGGCCAAACCGGCUCGAAUGCUAUAACAACAGCAAUGAACGAGAACUUCCUCACAUGCCUCACCGAGACUUACAGCAGGCAGAAAACGAAAAAGAAAAACAAGAGGACAAAGGCGAAAGAAAAAUUGGGCGUGCCUUGUAAUACCGAAAAUGCUUUAGCAAUCAAUGAUGAGAACGCGGCACCUAUUAACACUGAAAACCCAAAUGUUAACAAUGGAAACGCAGCACCUUCAGUCAACCAAGUCCAGCAGUCUGACACUGGUAGUUUGAAUGGCUCAGCCGACUCGACACCGGGGAAGCAGCUCGGUGAAUGCCCAAUUUGCCUGGACAACUUACAGAGAGGCUCCAUAGCUUCAACUAACUGUGGGCACGUCUUCUGCCAGGAGUGCAUUAAACAGUCGUUGAAGACCAGCGGCAAGAAGUGUCCUACAUGCCGGAAACAACUCAAAGGCGUCGGUUACCACCAAGUGUUUCUCUAAUUUUAAAAUUUAGCUUUGUCGUAAGCAUUCCAUGUGAUUUCAUAUUACCAGUUUACAUGUACCUAAUUAAGAACAUAUCUGUACUGUACCUAAGACUGACUCAAGCUACUUCUUUUAAAUUUAUGC